AUGCCACUUAUGGGAACAACAGAGGUUAAAGCUAUCUAUCUUAACUUAAAAUCAGAGUCACAGGUUGAAGACUUUGAAUUAGAGUAUGAGGUUGAAGACUCUGAAUCAGAGUCUGGGGAUGAAGCUCUCUGUCUUACAAAUGAAGAAUUUGCAAACCUAUCUAAUCUAAGGUUCCUUCAGAUGGACUUCGCAAAGCUGGAUGGAGAUUUUAAGGGUCUUCUAUUAAAUUUGAGAUGGCUUUGCUGGAAAGGAUGCCCUCAAAAUUUUAGCUCAAUCAAUUUUAAUCUAGAGAAUCUGGUCAUUCUUGAUUUAUCACAGAGUAAGGUCACAAAAGACUGGGAGGGUUGGAAUUAUAUCAAGAUAGCAACAAAGUUGAAAGUUCUAAAUCUCACAGGUUGCAAAAACAUGAUUAGGACUCUUGACUUCUCUUCAUAUGCAACUUUAGAAAGAUUGAUUCUUGAAGACUGUAAGAGUUUGGUUGAUAUUGACCCAUCAAUUGGGCAUCUCAAGAGUAUAGUUUUCUUAAAUUUAAAGAAUUGUGCUAAUCUGAACAGGUUGCCUCUGGAAUUUGAUAAAGUGGAAGCUUUAACGGAGCUCCUAAUCGAUGGUACUUCAAUGGAAGAAGUCCCUAUUGGUAGAGGUGUUAUGAAGAAGCUUGAAACUCUUAGUGCCACUCAUUGUUAUUCAUUGACUCAAAUUUCAACCUCAAUCGGUCACCUAACAUCUUUGUUGGACCUUACAUUUGGUGGUUCAUCUGGUAUCACUAAACUACCAGACUCGAUUGGUUCGCUAGUGAAAUUGCGACGCUUGUCACUAAGGGGCUGCAAAUUAAAAGAGCUUCCAGACUCCAUUGGGAAAUUAGAAUCAUUAAUUGAGCUGGACUUGUUGCCAGAUACUAUUGGAAUGUUACUGAAACUUGAAGAGUUACAUGCCUCGUCUUGUUUCAGCUUGAGAGGCGAAAUUCCCAGUAAUUUUGGGGGACUAUCAUCUCUGCGAUUCUUAAGUUUAUCUUGGACAGAUAUCUGUAGCCUACCAACAAGCAUUUGUGGGCUUUCAUACCUCCAAACCCUUGAUUUAGGGCGUUGCAACAAGCUUGAGUUUGUCCCAGACCUUCCCUCUAGUCUACUGAGUCUAAAAGUCACUUGCAGGUCAAUGGAGACAUUUCUAAACCUUCGUAGCCUGGUGAACCUAAAGGAGUUGGAAAUUAUUGAAUGCUAUAAGCUGUUGAAAAUUCCUGAAGGUAUUGGUGCCCUUUCUCGGCUUACAUUUCUCAAUGUAUAUAAUUGUGAACAACUUCAAUGCCUUCCAGCUUUUCCCUCAAGUCUUACGUCACUCAGUGUAGAAUUUUGUGAACAACUUCAAUGCCUUCCAACUCUUCCCUCAAGUCUUGCGUCUCUCAGUGUACAAUUUUGUGGACAACUUCAAUGCCUUCCAACUCUUCCCUCAAGUCUUUUGUCUCUUAUUGUAGAUAAUUGUAAACAACUUCAAUGCCAUCUAGCUCUUCCCUCAAGUCUAAACUCACUAUGUGUUAGCGAUUGUAAGUCAAUGAAGAGGUUGCCAGAUAUGUCAAAUUUGAAAAACUUAUCAAGUCUAUGUGUUUUGCACUGUUUAGAAUUAAGGGAGAUUCCUGGCCUUGGAAGAUUAGAACUCCUAAUAGAGUUAUAUUUAGAUGGGCGUGAAUCACUAGAAACAUUUCUCGAUCUUUCCAACUUCAAGAAGGUAAGGAUAUUAAGUAUUGCAGAUUGCAAGAAUCUGAAUGAAAUUAUGUACCUUGAUAGGUUGGAAUCCUUGGAAAAUUUGAAUAUGAGUGGUUGCACAUCCUUGGAAAGAUUGCCUGAUCUAUCCAAAUUGGAAAAGCUAGAACAAUUAAAUCUCCAUGAGUGCAAGAAGCUACAUGAGAUUGAGGGUCUUGAGGCUUUGAAAUCCUUGAAGAAGCUGGAUUUGUCAUGGUGCACAGCCUUGGAGAAGGCACCUGAUCUGUUCAGACUAACAAAUUUAGAGAAAUUGCAACUUUGCGAGUGUAAGAAACUUAGUGAGAUUUGUGGAUUUGAGGAGCUCAAACCCCUAAGAGAGCUGGACUUGCCAUCCUGCACGGCCUUGGAAAAGAUACCUUAUUUGUCCAAACCAACAAAGUUAUGGACAUUACGUCUUUGUAACUGUGAGAAACAGUUUGAGAUUUGGGGACUUGAAGAACUGAAACUCCUGAGAAACUUGGACUUGUCAUCCUGCACGGGACUUGAGGAACUGAAACUCCUCGAAUUGUUCGACUUAUCAUCCUGCACGGCCUUGGAGAGGACACCUGGUCUAUCGAGACUAACAAAUUUAAAGGGACUUAAGGAACUGAAACUCCUAGAAUUGUUCGACUUGUCAUCCUGCACGGCCUUGGAGAGGACACCUGGUCUGUCGAGACUAACAAAUUUAAAGGCACUGAAACUUUGUAAGUGUGAGAAACUUUAUGAGAUUUGGGGACUUGAAGAACUGAAACUCUUAAGAAACUUGGACUUGUCAUCCUGCACGGCUUUGGAGAGGAUACUUGAUUUGUCCAAACUAACAAAGUUAAGGAUAUUACGUCUUUGUAACUGUGAGAAACUUUCUGAGAUUUGGGGACUUGAGGAACUGAAACUCCUAGAAUGUUGGACUUGUCAUCCUGCACGGCCUUGGAGAGGACACCUGAUUUGGGGAUUUGAAGAACUGAAACUCCUAAGAAACUUGGACUUGUCAUCUUGCACGGCCUUGGAAAGGAUACCUGAUUUGUCCAAACUAACAAAGUUAAGGACAUUACGUCUUUGUAACUGUAAGAAACUUUCUGAGAUUUGGGGACUUGAGGAACUGAAACUCCUAGAAUUAUUUGACUUGUCAUUCUGCACGGCCUUGGAGAGGACACCUUGUUUGUCGAGACUAACAAAUUUAAAGGCAUUGAAACUUUGUAAGUGUCAAAAACUUUCUGAGAUUUGGGGACUUGAAGAACUGAAACUCCUAAGAAACUUGGACUUGUCAUCAUGCACGGCCUUGGAGAGGAUACCUGAUUUGUCUAAACUAACAAAGUUAAGGACAUUACGUCUUUGUAAUUGUGAGAAACUUUCUGAGAUUUGGGGACUUGAGGAACUAAAACUCCUAGAAUUGUCUGACUUUUCAUCCUGCACGGCCUUGGAAAGGACACCUGGUCUGUCGAGACUAACAAAUUUAAAGGCAUUGAAACUUUGGACUUCAGGAACUCAAACUCCUAGAAUUGUUAGACUUGUCAUCCUGCAUGGCCUUGGAGAGGACACUUGGUCUGUCGAGACUAACAAAUUUAAGGCAUUGAAACUUUGUAAGUGUGAGAAACUUAUUGAGACCUUGAGACUUGAAGAACUGAAACUCCUAAGAGAGUUAGACUUGUCAUCCUGCACGGCCUUGGAGAGGACACCUGAGCUGUCGAGACUAUCAAAUUUAGAGCUAUUGUGGCUUCGUAACUGUGAGAAACUUGGUGAGAUUUGGGGACUUGAAGAACUGAAACUCCUAAGAAAUUUGGACUUGUCAUCCUACAAGGACUUGGAGAGGACACCUAAUCUGUCGAAACUAUCAAAUUUAAAGGGAUUGUGGUUUCGUAACUGGGCGAAACUUGGUGAGAUUUGGGGACUUGAACGGCUACGACAAUUAAGAUUCUUCGACAUUUCUGGGUGCAAGUCACUAGGAAAAUUACCAGACCUUCCAAACCACUGUCUUGUUAAGCGUGGAGAGCACGCAAGCAUGGAGAGGAUAGUUGAUAUACAGGAAUGCAUGGAGAUAGAGGAUGGUUCGAAAUUUCGGGCAAGUGGUUCUCCCUUUACAAGCCCGAAGAAGGUGGACAUGGAAGGAGAUGAAAAAAAGAAGCAACAGAUGCCACCUGCUAGUGUUAUGCCUUUUGGGAUUGAUUUGGUCUCUAAUAUCAUUGAGGUACCUAAUAAUCUCUCGUGUGUGUCAACAUGUGAAGUUCUAUAG